AUGAUAUUAUCCCGAUAUUUCUAUAAAAUGAUAUCUAAACAAUAUUAUCGUUCUUUAAUGACCUUUGAAGGACAAGUAGCAGUUGGUGGUACAAAUCAAGUGCCGGCUGAAGAAAAAAUAUCAACAAUUUUUGGAAAUAGUAUAAAGGGUAAAUCCUCAUUAAAACCAUCUAAAUCCACCAGUAGAUAUAUAGUAAAUGCAGAUUAUCGUAUCAUCGCCGGUGUCAAAGUACCCAAUAGACCGAAAGAACCCGAUAAUUGCUGCAUGUCUGGUUGUGUCAAUUGUGUUUGGGAAUAUUAUAACGAAGAUCUUAGACAUUGGCAACAGAGGCGUAGGGCUGCUAUCAAAGAAAUCUCCAAUACAAAUGAUGUAUGGCCAGAAGACUGGGAUCCGCCUCUCAAUUCACUACCCAUAAAGAAUUUACCAAAAACUCUACAUCCUACAAAAUUAAAAAUAGAAAAACAGGAAUCUGACAACAAAAUCAUUGAUUCCAAACUACAAUCGUUAAAACAAUUGUUUCCUAGUAGAAACACAUCAUUACCACAAAGUGUCAUUGAAGCUAAAAGGCGUAAUCAGUUGAAAAAACAACAACAACAAGCUGAGACAGAUGAAGGUUGGUCUGAUGUCCCAAUAUAUAUUAGGGUGUUUGCUCAAUUUGAAAGAAAGAAACGUUUACAGAAGCAAAAGGAAAAACUAGAGAGAAGAGCUCAAGAGAUAGUUUAA